GGGAAACUGUUAGCGUAGCAUAGCAUUAGACUGGAGGCAGAGGGAAACUGUUAGCGUAGCAUAGCAUUAGACUGGAGGCAGAGGGAAACUGUUAGCGUAGCAUAGCAUUAGACUGGAGGCAGAGGGAAACUGUUAGCCUAGCUUAGCAUUAGACUGGAGGCAGAGGGAAACUGUUAGCGUAGCAUAGCAUUAGACUGGAGGCAGAGGGAAACUAUUAGCCUAGCGGAGCAUUAAACUGGAAGCAGAGGGAAACUGUUAGCCUAGCUUAGCAUUAAACUGGAUGCAGAGGGAAACUAUUAGCCUAGCAUUGCAUUAGACUGGAGGCAGAGGGAAACUUUUAGCCUAGCGUAGCAUUAGCUAAGAGGUUGCUGAAGUUCAUUAUUUUCCGUCUGCAGAAUAACGAUCAAUGCUAACGAACGUCUUUAGUAUGACAACAGUGACGCUUGUUUUCCUGGAUGGAAAGAACAGCAACAACCUGACCCGGGUUCUUCUUUCUAUUAAUAACCUUGACACGACACCGUGUACCUGGACAGGUGAAUCCCUGACAGAGGGGUUGGCCUGUGAGGUAUAGGUCAGGGGAAACUUCAGAGUCUCCUGAGAGGUUUGGGGCCUCAGUUGGCCCCCAGGUGUUAAUUAAAAACACUGACGCUCCCCCGAGAGGAGAAGAAGAUGAGUGUUUACCUGCCUGACGCUGCACGCUCUCCAACCACAGAAGAAAAAGGUCGCAGAUGGAGUCGUGAUCAGCAGCAGGUGAGUGAUGACAUCAUGAGUCGGUGGCAUCGUUCGGUCAACGAGCUGGUGGUGCGGCGGCGGCGGCAGGGUGAGUGUGAGCGCGCUCAGGAGGCGUUCAGUCGGGUCACUUCCUGUUUCCAGCAGCUGGCGGCGUCACUCGGCAGCUCGGUGGAUGGCAGCUUCCUGCGAGACGAGAUGGACGAGACGAGAGCGCUCGCACACCGAAUCUGCUGCGGUCUGUCCCGGCGUCUGGUGGACCUGCUGUCAGACUGUGACUCCGCCCCCUCAGGUGUGGAGGACAGACAGGUGUCAGAGCGUCUGUGGGUUCUCUUCCUGUCAGCGUUGGAGAACUUCCUGUCUGACCUCCGUAAGGCCUGCGAUCUGAUUGGACGGUUCCCUCUGACCCAGCGAUACGACAGACGCUUGCUGGUCAACACAGGAUGUACUGACGGCGUGGUGGGCGUGGCAGCUCGAGUGGCCGCAGUCCAGGCGCCGUGGCUCACCUUGGAGGAGGAGGAGAGUCCUGAUCUGACCAAUCAAAUUUCAGCACUGGAGGCCGUGCUGAGCGACAUGCAGCUGAGGGUUCCUGUAGCGUUCUGGUCGGUGGAGGCAACCCAGCCGGCGUGGGCCGAGGCUCAGGGUGAACUGGAGGAGCCGGACGACAGCCUGGAGGACCUGAUGGAGGUCCACAUCGCCUCCAACACCAAGAUGGCCGCCUGCUGCCAGCCGCCGUGCUGCGGACUGGGCUGUGUCGGGUAGAGGGGGGGCACGGUCCAGACCGCGGACCUCACCUCGAUCACUCCUGACAUGAUCACUGGCGCCUCACUUCUGUCUGAAUAAUAAACAAUAAAAAAAAAAAGAAAAGUCUGAUUUUAUAUACUGC